AUGGAUGGUCAAUUAUUGCGGUGCUACCUGCUCGAGCUCCCAAUCGAACUUCGUGAACAGAUCUACGAGACUGUAUUCGCUUUGGACGGUCAGCGCACGUCAGAUCGCCUCGAUCCACUAAGCCUGGCGCGAGAGCCAAACAUUACUCGUGUUAGCGAAGCUGUUCGCAGCGAAACUCUGCCAGUCUACUAUGGCAUGCGGGUGCUUGACGUGUACACGCUCGUCAAGUGCGAUUCCAAUAGCAUCGUAUGGCUGACUACGCGGAAAUGGUAUCACAAUAUCCCCAAUCGCAUACGCUUGGUUCGAACGCUGGUGCUUCGCUUUGCCUUCGUAGAACGAUACUUCGGCGAACCGGUCGAGGUUCAGUUCAUGAUCCGCCUGAACAAGGGUGAGAACAGCUUUACAAUGAAGCAUUCGUUCGCCCACGGAUGGUGGUCAGAUGCUCAUCGUAAAGGUGAUCCCGCAGACUGCGAGGAGGUUGUCCAAGCUAUCAGGGGCCAUAUCAUGAGUACGCUCACUGCUGCCAUCGGAGAUCAUGGAGUCGGCAACCUCACUUGCGAAGACAUUGACUGUAUGGCCGCUGUUGACCCGAAGAAGCUUCCUAUCUGA